GCCGUGUUGGGACGCAACGUGGAGUUGUUUACUAUGUUUGACAGCUUUCUCGGAUUUAUUUAACGAAUGUUGACCCGCUAACCAGCAGCUCUCUGUUUAAAACUUGACCAUUUGUUUACAGGAAGAAAUGGGGAAGCCAAAGAAAAAGAGUGACCUCAGCCGAGCUGAGCUAAUGAUGAUGACCAUUGCUGAUGUCAUUAAGCAGCUGGUUGAAGCUCAUGAGGAGGGAAAAGACAUCAACCUCAACAAAGUGAAAACAAAGUCUUCAGCUAAAUAUGGACUUGAAGCCCAGCCCCGAUUGGUCGACAUCAUUGCUGCGGUUCCGCCACAAUACCGUCGUGCUCUGGUGCCCAAACUAAAGGCCAAACCCAUCCGUACUGCCAGCGGGAUUGCAGUCGUGGCUGUGAUGUGCAAACCUCACCGAUGUCCACACAUCAGCUUUACAGGCAACAUCUGUGUCUACUGUCCUGGUGGUCCAGACUCAGACUUUGAGUACUCUACACAGUCUUACACUGGUUAUGAGCCAACAUCCAUGAGAGCCAUCCGAGCCCGUUAUGACCCCUACCUCCAGACUAGGCAUCGGGUGGAGCAGCUGAAGCAGCUGGGUCACAGUGUCGACAAGGUGGAGUUCAUCGUGAUGGGUGGGACCUUCAUGGCUUUGCCUGAGGAGUACAGAGACUAUUUCAUUAGGAAUCUACACGAUGCCCUGUCAGGACACACCUCCAACAACGUGGCUGAGGCUGUCAGGUACUCUGAACGCAGUAACACCAAGUGUGUGGGAAUCACUAUAGAAACACGGCCUGACUACUGCCUGAAGCGACACCUCAGUGACAUGCUGGGCUACGGCUGCACCCGGCUGGAGAUAGGAGUCCAAAGUGUAUAUGAAGACGUGGCCCGCGACACCAACAGAGGCCACACAGUGCGAGCCGUGUGUGAAUCUUUCCACCUGGCAAAGGACGCUGGCUUCAAAGUGGUCGCGCACAUGAUGCCGGACCUGCCCAACGUGGGCAUGGAGAGGGAUGUGGAGCAGUUUAUUGAGUUUUUUGAGAAUCCAGCUUUCAGGCCAGAUGGUUUGAAGCUGUAUCCAACGCUGGUGAUCAGGGGCACGGGGCUGUAUGAGCUGUGGAAGACCGGCCGGUACAAGAGCUACACACCCAGCGCCCUGGUGGACCUUGUGGCCCGAAUUCUGGCACUGGUGCCGCCCUGGACACGAGUCUACCGGGUACAGAGGGACAUCCCCAUGCCGCUGGUGAGCUCAGGAGUGGAGCAUGGCAACCUGAGAGAGUUAGCACUGGCCAGGAUGAAAGACAUGGGCACUGAGUGUCGAGAUGUGAGAACCCGAGAAGUGGGCAUCCAGGAGAUCCACCACAAAGUCAGGCCUUACCAGGUGGAGCUGGUGAGGAGGGACUAUGUGGCCAAUGGCAGCUGGGAGACCUUCCUAUCUUACGAGGACCCGGAGCAGGACAUCCUGAUUGGCUUGCUGCGUCUGCGUCGCUGUUCUCCUCAGUCCUUCCGUCCUGAGCUGAAAGGAGGCGUGUCCAUCGUCCGUGAGCUGCACGUCUACGGCAGCGUCGUCCCCGUCAGCAGCCGAGACCCCAGCAAGUUCCAGCAUCAGGGCUUCGGUAUGAUGCUGAUGGAGGAGGCAGAGAGAAUCGCCAGAGAUGAACACGGCUCCGGAAAGCUAGCCGUUAUCUCAGGUGUAGGAACAAGGAACUACUACAGGAAGAUGGGCUAUGAGUUGGAGGGACCGUACAUGGUGAAGGACCUGUAUGGACCUGGAAUGGACUGAACAUGGACGGUGCAUACAAAAUGACACACGUACACGCACAAAUUGUGUUGUGUAUCAAGACAAUAUUCAUGGGACAUGAUUCCUGCAGUAUUUUCAGUGUUCUGAGGAGAUAAUGGUUGGGUGUUUUCUCUCAGCCCACGCAUCUGCUUUUUAUCUGGAACACUCUUGGAAAUGCUGUUGCAUUUCUUCUGUUUUGUUUAGAUAAGGAGAAUAUGUGAGGACGUAAGGAAUGAAGAAAAGUUAUUUGGGGUGAAGCCAGAGCAGCUUUAGAGCCAGGUGUUUGGGAUGCAGGCAGAUAGACGGCAGAGACAGGUGGAUGUGGACACUGACGUUUUUCCUUUUCUGAACAGGUACGAAAAUAAGACACACAAACAAAUGACAUGUUGGUAUUUUUAGCUUUCCGCAUUAGAAAUAAAUGGGUUCCACCAGUGCCUUGUCAAUGACCUCUGUUUCAGCAGCAGGACUGAUUCGGUUUGAUGAGAAAUGACAGUGCUGAGGCAUUUUUAACUCCACUGAAACGAUACACUUGUUUGGUGACGAAAUACCAGAAUCUCGAGGUGUCCCUUAAAUAUUUUUGUGCGUCCGUUGAGGAUGAGGAACCCAUUUAGCAUCUCGGUUUGAGCUAAUCAUGUUUAUGUUGCAGCUAAAUAGAAAACCCAUUAUGAGUGGAGCGUUCAUUAAUGGCUGGCAGUGGAUGAAUGAGCAGUGGGAAGUGUCCUCGCUGGGCAGCCGUUGUGUAAUUGCACAAUUUUGUUUUAAAGGGCAGGAAAUUAAAUAUUAGUGUUACAUAAAUUGCUUUUUAAAGCUCCACAGUUAAUCCUGUUUCUUGUUUGUCUUUCAUGCAUUCUUGGGCUUACAUGUAUUCUGGUAAUUUCCAGAUGUGGAAUGCAUCACUUGACCAUUUUUUUUUCACUCCCAGAGAAUAAAGUAUAUUUCAGUUACCGUCA